AUGCCAGUUUUGUUACUUGGUGUUAGUUUACCCGAUAAAAAGCUCGUUAGAAUUGCUUUAACCUAUUUUUAUGGAAUAGGGCAUAAAACAGCUCAAAAAUUAUGUAGUAAAUUCUCAAUUCAUGAUACAUGUAAAAUAUCUGAUUUAACAGAAUCUCAAUUAAAUGCAAUUUCUUUAGAAUUAAAUAAUAUGACUAUAGAAAGUGAUUUACGUCGUCAAGUUAGAAAUAAUAUUUUACAUCAUAGAGCAAUCGGUAAUUAUAAAGGUAAACGUCAUGCUAUGGGUUAUCCUGUAAGGGGCCAACGUACUAGUACUAAUGCUAAAACUGCUAGAAAAUUAAAUGGUAAAUGGUUGAAAAGUUUUACUACGUAA